AUCGUACUUCUCGACCUUGGUCUCAGCACCUGUUUACCACAGCAACUUGAUACAAAAUGGCUGCAACUUCCUCACCAUCAGAGCGGCUCAAAGUCGCUAGACUCGCCAACGGCGCCCCGGACCUGAUCUGGAACCGACCUUUGGCUCCAGGCGUGAAAUCCUGCGACAAUUGUCUACGCAAAAGCGCCGCCCAACUUGAGGAUUCGGAUUUUGAAGCUGACUUUGAGAUCAGCUGCUCCCACGAAAGUGCAUUGUCACUGGAAGAUAUCAUGACCGUCAGUGUCAAUGGGCCUUGUAUCAAACGAGGAUGUGCUAUCAACGGGAGCAUCGCUGCUGCUCUAGAGGACAUUCUCCUUCUCUUCCGCUUCAUAACUAAGCACGCGAAAUCACUGGUCCCCAUUCCAAUUUGUGUGAGGCAGAUCAAGAUGGCCUUGCAUCAAGCGCUGUGCACUACCGUGGAAGUCAGACGCGAAUUCGUGAGGCAGCUUCUCAUGCAGACUCCUGCAGUCUACCAAAAGGAUUCUGCCCGGAGACUGGACCAUUUCCGCCAUCGGGGCCCUUUCCCCUACGACGGGGACAUAGCCGAGAAGCGCGCCUGGCACCUCUCAAGCAUGCCCCGUCUGUUGCCGACCGAUGGCCCAUACGAGAAGUUCCACCUGGCCAUUGAUGGUCUCUCGUUCCAGCAAGAGCUGUUCUUGCGAAAGGCCGCCAAGGCGGCUACCAAAUCCGUUCGAGAUCAGAUGCCCCCGAUGCACCUCCUGAGCCAAGCGCUGCGGCUUCGAGAUGGAGCACACGUCGAGCCCCCCUCUGGCAUUAAGCCCAAACACAACAACGAGUCUGCUGCCGAAGCACAAGAGAACGGGAGAAAGCCUGGAAAGUUGGCCCAGGCAAGUGGUGAAACUCGUUACAAGCCCAAAGAGGAGCCCGGACAAAUCAUCGCCAACAGAGUCAAGUUCGAGCCCCGGGAUCUCUUUACCAUAGUCUUUCCUGGAGACAGAAAGCGCAAGAGGACUCACACAGCCACCGACAAGCCAGGCCCAUACAAAAGGCCCAAAGGCAGUGCCCUUCGUUUUGGUGGCGCUUUGAGGCUUGCCACACAAGACAGGAAGGAGAAGGCACCACUUCCUGAGCCCAGAGGACGCCUCUCUGGCGGCUGCAAGCUUGGCAAAAUGACUUGGCAAAGUGACCGGGCCAUCGCUGUACCCAGGUCUUUACCGUAAGACCUUGUGCUGAUCUGGACGAUGAAAGGCACAAGCUCAACGGGCCUAUACCGGGCAGUGAUGACAGAGGUUAGGGCGGACUCGACUUGAUAGUCUGCCAAAGGCUGUUCCUCUUAUCAUGCCGCGAGAUUUCUUUAACGCUCAGCUACUGGGAAAGGAUG